AUGUUCACCGGUAUUGUUGAGCUCAUUGGAACGGUUGUAAAGUAUGAGGAAGUGGAUGAAACAGCUGCUGGUGGAAAUGGAGUUUCUAUAACCAUAGAAGAUUGCGCUGCUAUCUUAGAUGAUGUUCAUCUUGGUGAUUCAAUCUCCACUAAUGGUGUAUGUUUAACUGUUACAGACUUCAAUAAAGAGAGAACUUGGUUCACGGUUGGGGUAUCACCAGAAACACUUCGUCGCAGCAAUUUAGGGAAUUUGCACAAGGGUUCAAAAGUGAAUUUAGAAAGAGCUGUAUCUGGACAUACUAGGCUUGGAGGACAUGUCGUACAGGGACACGUUGAUACCAUGGCAACUAUUACAAAGAAGGAACCGGAUGGCAACUCAAUCGUGUUUACUUUCAAAUUGAGAGAUGCUGAUUUCAUCAAGUACAUUGUUGAGAAAGGAUUUAUUGCAAUUGAUGGCACAUCGCUAACAGUCACAAACGUUGACGACCAAAACUUUCAGUUUUCAAUCAUGUUGGUGAGCUACACGCAGCAGAAAGUCAUUUUGCCUCAGAAAUCAGUAGGUGACACUGUGAACAUCGAAGUCGAUUUGACAGGAAAGUUGAUAGAAAAACAAAUAGAAAUUUACCUCAAAAGUCAAAUCGUGCAAGAGGAUGGUGCUUUGAACAAAUUGAUAUCUAGCUUAAUCGAUAAGAAGAUCAAUACUCUUACUAAAUAG